GGACUCCGGGGGAUGGUGGAGGACAGGAAGGCCUGGAGGAAUGUUGUCCAUGGGGUUGCGAUGGGUCGGACAUGACUUCACAACUAACAACAACAAUGCACUUUCAGACUCUCCUGAAUUUGCUUUGAGAAUCUUGGAGCAAGUUGAGUCAGGUAUUUUUUUGUGGGGGAAGCACUGAGACUAAUACAGUAUUAUUGUCAUGUUACAUUUACAUCUCACCCUUUUUUCUUCUGAAAGGAAUCCAAGGCGGCUUACGUAGUCCGCCAUUUUAUGCUCACAACAACUUUGUGAGGUAGGCUAGGGUGAAGGUCUGUGACUGGCCUAGAGUAACUCAGUGAGCUUCAUGAACAAGUAGGGACUAGAAGCUGAAUCUCUUGUGCUCCAAUCCAACUAACCCAGGAUGUAAUUAUUUAAAAUUAUUAUUUAGGAAAUAAAAUAUACUGAUACUACAAUAGUAGUACAUAUUAAAAUUAUGGUUUUAACAUGAACUGAUGCUACAAAAAAUAUCCCCGAUAUUUUUAUGAGACUGUCCUCAAAAUCAUGACAAUAUUUCUUUUCAUUUUUAGACCCUAUAGAUAAACUGAUACUUUGGAAACGAGGAAGACAGCAUCCAACCUGCUUUAACCAUUAAUGGUUUUUAGAUGGUGUUCUAGAGUAGAUUCAUCACUUCCGAGCAUGAAGGUGGAAACAUUAAAUUCAUUCCAGUAGCUUGAUAUUUGCUCUACUGCAAGGGAGAAUGCCGUUAAAACAACAGUAGCUCAGGGAGCACUUCCUGAGUGGUAGAAGCACCUGGGGAAAUGCCUCUGAAGACCAUCCCAGUGGAUUGGAGUGGGAAAAGAUGAGUUAAGAGUUGUUUCAGUUCUAAGCUUCGGGUUUACAGCUUCAAGGUCAAGUCCAGCACUUUGGCCUGAGCCUGGAAGCUUACUUGGCAGUUGUAGCCUUUUUUCAAUGCAGUCAAGCCUAAACGCGCCAACAUGAAGUCUCCAGGAAGACAGAGAACACCCCAAAAUGCUGCUACACUGGAAUCCAAAGUGCAGCUCUCUUUCUAACCGCAGUUUGUUUGUUGGUUCUCCUCACACAGCGUACAGUUGUGGCAGGAAGUUGCAAUGGCCAUCAAAGCGGAGAACUUUAAAGGGGGAUUGGACAGGUUAGUGGAGGAAGAGGCUACAGUGGCUGCAAGCCUUGCUGGCUUCAGGGUACCUGCAUUGCCAGAGGAGGUACGCCUAAGUACACCGGUUGCUGAGGAGUUCAGGCAGGCAGAGGUCUUGUACCCAUCCCGUAUGAGGGAUCCUUUGGGCAGCUGGUUCGCCAUUCCCCAAGUGAAUGGAGUGCUGGACUGGAAGGAUCCAGCAUGGCUUAUUUAUGUUCUUACGCAGCAACCUGAAUUAAAACUUCCUUGUCUGGGAGUGAGGGAGAGCGGCUUGCCCACUUCCUUUUCUUACUCAAAACUUCCCCCAAAAGGAUCCUGUGUCAUGAAGCAAUUGUUGCAAGUUCCUUUAUGUUAAUCCAGAUGUGGUUAGCAGAUCUGAACAAUUUUGGCUUUCGCCCUACCCGAUCCUCAUAAGAGCCCCUUCCACACUGCUGCAGACCACUGCCAUCACGUGGGUAAGGCUGCUGGUAUGAGCCCCUUUUGCUCCACCAGCACUCUACCUUCUGCUCCAUGAGAAUGUGAAAGGAAGCUCUCUCUAAAUAUGCUUGAGAAACAUGGAAUUUAAUACAUUAAUACAAACCUCCAGGACUUUUUGCACUGCUGCUUCUAUAUAGUUGUCCUUUUAAUUCCAGUCGUCAUUUCAAAAAUUAGCUUACGGUCCUUAUAGAAGCGAUUCAAGAACUUUACAUGAGGGUGGGGAAAAUGUUGAUUCAAGCUGUUUGACCACUUCAGGCUGUCUAGUCCUUCUGAAAGAACAAACUCAGAGCAGGAAUCUCUUCAUCCCCUCUUCCAUAUCAGCACCCUCCCCCUAAGAGUUUAUUUUUAGUUUUCUGAGCUGCAACCUUUACAAAGCAUGCCAUCAGCACAAUCACACACAAAUCUGGAGGUGAACAUUGCUCAACGAUUUCUCUUGCUUCCUGCUGCAAUGAUGAUUUUGACAUCGAAUGGCAGAAUUACUAUGACAAGAGCCAUGAGAUGACAUGUACACAACUUGCUGACUUGGGUCUGUAUAAUUUUGCUUCAGCUUUUACAGACAGAAGGAGGGGAAAGAUUACAGAUCAGCUUAUUUUUCUGUUGCUUCCUUCCAAAUUGCAAGAUCACCCUUACUUUGUUGUUGCCAUUUAAUUGCUAAAUUUGCUUAAAUCUGGUCUCCAUGCCGUCGGCCGUGAGUGCUACUAUAGUUCAAGAGACCAGGGCUGGAUCGGUCACCCAUCAGCAUGGUACUGCAGUCACUGAAACAUGUGGAGGAACAGGAGGGAUCUACUCUGCUAUCCUAAGCCGCAAUCAGCCCAUCAUUGGAGUAAAAGAAAAGACCUUUCACGAGCUGCAUAGGAAAUGCCUCGAAAAGAAGAUCCUUUAUGAAGAUCCAGAUUUCCCAGCCAAUGACAGCUCCCUCUUCUUCAGCCAAAAGCUCCCUGUCAAAUUUGAGUGGAAGAGGCCACUAGAAAUUUGUGAAAAUCCACGCUUUAUCAUAGGUGGCGCCAACCGGAGUGACAUUUGCCAAGGAGAACUAGGUGAUUGCUGGUUCCUGGCUGCCAUUGCUUGUCUAACCCUGAAUGAAAAGUUGUUGUUUCGGGUCAUACCGCGUGACCAGACCUUCAUAAAAGACUAUGCUGGGAUCUUUCACUUCCAGUUUUGGCGUUAUGGAAACUGGGUGGAAGUUAUCAUUGAUGACCGUUUACCAACAUAUGGCAAGCAUCUGGUCUUUACCAAAUCCUCCCAGCACAAUGAAUUCUGGAGUGCUUUACUGGAAAAAGCCUAUGCAAAGCUUCAUGGGUCUUAUGAGGCGCUAAAAGGAGGCAACACCACUGAGGCCAUGGAGGACUUCACAGGAGGAGUGACAGAAUUCUAUGAGAUAAAAGAUGCUCCUAAAGACACCUAUAAAAUCAUGAAGCAUGCCAUUGAGAGAGGGUCACUCAUGGCUUGCUCCAUUGAGGACCAUACAGGCUUUGUUUACGGAAGUGUUCGUCCAAGUAACAUUUCAUUUUUAAUUGAUGAAAUGAUGAAGAAUGAAUAUUAUGCUUUAUCAGAUUACUCAGGCCAAGGGACAGAAGAAAAGACAUCUCGGACCAUAGUUCCAAUGCUGUUUGAGAGGCGCAUGGCUAAUGGGCUGGUCACAGGGCAUGCCUAUUCAGUUACAGCAGUGGAAGAGAUAACAUUUAAAGGAGACAAGAUAAAACUGGUACGGCUAAGAAAUCCUUGGGGGCAAGUAGAAUGGAACGGACCUUGGAGUGACAGCUCAGAAGAAUGGAAUAGUAUUGACAAUGAAGUGAAGGUCCGUCUGCAGUAUAAAAUUGCAGAGGACGGGGAAUUCUGGAUAUCAUUCCAAGAUUUCUUAAGAUUCUUCACAAAACUUGAGAUUUGUAAUCUCACACCUGACACCCUAGAAGCUGAUAAGCUUCAUACAUGGACCGUCUCAGUCACCGAAGGACGGUGGGUGCGUGGCUGCACAGCUGGAGGCUGCCGUAACUUUCCAGACACAUUUUGGACCAAUCCUCAAUAUCGCUUGAAGCUCCUAGAAGAAGAUGAUGAUCCAGAAGAUGAAGAAGUUGUGUGCAGUUUCCUAGUUGCACUUAUGCAGAAAAAUAGGAGGAAAGAACGCAGCCUAGGAGCCAAUCUUCUCACAAUUGGCUUCGCCAUCUAUGAGGUGCCAAAAGAGAUGCAGAAUGACAAGAAGCAUUUGCAGAAGGACUUUUUCCUUUACAAUGCCUCCAAAGUGAAGUGUAAGUCAUACAUAAACUUGAGAGAAGUUGCCGAACGUUUCAGGUUGCCUCCAAAUGAGUAUGUCAUCAUCCCAUCUACAUAUGAACCUCACCAAGAGGGAGAGUUUCUGCUAAGAGUUUUCUCAGAAAAGAUAAGUCUUUCAGAGGAAGUUGAAGACAAGAUUGAAGUAGGAAACCUUUCUCCAAUCAUCUUUGUCUCAGACAGAGCAAGCAAGAAAAAGAACGGUGAGGGGCAUAAAAAGGGGAAGGAAAAUACAAGCUCGGAUAAGAAAGAGAAAAGUGAUAAGCCUGCACAAAGAGAUUUUCAUAAGGAAGAUGAUGAAGAGGAACAGUUCAGAAAUAUUUUCCGGCAGAUUGCUGGAGAUGACAUGGAGAUCAGUGCUGAUGAACUCAGGAAUGUCCUCAACAAUGUUCUGAAAAAACACAAAGACCUGCGAACAGAAGGAUUUGCACUGGAGUCCUGUCGCAGCAUGAUUGCCUUAAUGGAUACUGAUGGCUCUGGGAGAAUAAACCUGGAUGAGUUUCGACACCUUUGGAAUAAGAUUAAAAGUUGGCAGAAAAUUUUCAAACAUUAUGACGCUGAUCAUUCAGGAACCAUUAACAGCUAUGAGAUGCGUAAUGCUGUUCAGGAUGCAGGGUUUCGCCUGAACAACCAGUUGUACGACAUCAUUACAAUGCGCUAUGCUGACAGGAAUAUGAACAUUGAGUUUGACAGCUUUAUCUGCUGCUUUGUGCGGUUAGAGGGAAUGUUCCGUGCAUUUAAUGCCUUCGAUAAAGAUGGAGAUGGUAUUAUCAAGCUGAAUGUCUUUGAGUGGUUGCAACUGACCAUGUAUGCCUGAUCACCAGCUGUGUUUCUAGCCUCAGUCUCAAAAUGGUAUCCAGCUUUUCCUUCAAUGGUGAGAAGCCAGCCAGCAUUCACUUGCAAUAUAAGGGCCUUCUGCUGCAUCCCUUCACUUUAACAGCAGCAUCGGAAGAGGAAUACAGACAAAAGCAACACAUAUCUCCCUUUACCAGAUGACAGGACAGUUCUUAAUCCAAAUCUGUCUUUCCACUUAUUGAUAACUGAUAUUAUACUAAUGUGUUUUCCACAUGGCCAACAUUAUCUCCCAUUGGUGCCAGGUUGGCAAUUCCUUACAACAGCCACUGUACCUCUUUUUCUUAGUUUCAAAACAAUUGUUAAAAAACAAUUUGAAAUGUGACAUGAUAAUGAGCCAGAAAUGUUGAAGAAAUCAUCACAAUUAAACAUGUUCAAAAGUGA